AUGUCUGGGGACGUGGAGGACGACGUCUGCCGCCGGGCUCUGGGGCUCGUGCACGAGCUCUGCUUCGCCCCCCCCCGGGCCCGGCCCCCCCCCGAGACCUGCCUGGAGUUCAGCGACAUCCUGAGGCAGCGCGGGCACCCCCCCCCGCAGCACGAGGUCUCGGUCAGCCUCCUCUCGGUCAUCGUCACCUUCUGUGGCCUGGUGCUGCUCGGGGUCUCCCUCUUCGUGUCCUGGAAGCUCUGUUGGGUGCCCUGGCGCCAUAAAGAGGGCUCCGGGGGGGGCCCCCCCCGUAAAGAGCCCCCCCACAUCGGUGGGGGCCUCUUUGGGGACCCCCUCUAUGAAAGAGGGGAGCAAGGAAGUGACCCCCCCCCUCCUCCGGCUCAACCUGAGCGCUGCUACUUGGAUAUGGGGCCCUGCCCCAUAGGGGGCCCCCCACCCACCCACCCUGGUCAGGGUGCACCCCCCCCCGGGGUAGCGCAGGAUGGGGGGGGGGGGGAGGCGGCGGCGCUGGGGACAAUGAGCAGGGCCACCUCGGUGCAGGUGGGGGUGGCCGGAAGCUCCCCCUUGCUCCCCACGGGCGGUAGCGGCGCCACGCGGGGCCGCUUGUGCGUUGCGCUGCGCUACUCCUUCGGCACCCAACAGUUGGUGGUGCGCGUGCUCCGCGCCACCCAACUGCCCCCCAAAGGCCCCCAUGGCGGUGGCGACCCCUACGUCCGUAUCCAUCUCCUCCCCGACCGGAAGAGGAAGUUCCAGACCCGGGUGCAACGGCGCACGCGGGAGCCGGUCUUCGACGAGGCCUUCGCCUUCGCCGUGCCCUUCGGCGAGCUCCCGGCGCGGCGCCUCCACUUCGGCGUCUACGACUUCGAGCGCUUCGGGCGGCACGAGCUGGUGGGCAGCGUGGUGAUGGGCAACCUGCUGGAGGCGGCCGAGCGCGGCGCCGACGAGCCCCUCUGGAGGGACAUCGUGGAGGGAGGAGGGGAGAAGGCCGACCUGGGCGAGCUCAACUUCUCCCUGUGCUACCUCCCCACGGCCGGGCGCCUCACGGUCACCAUCAUCCGCGCCGCCAACCUGCGCGCCAUGGACCUCACCGGCCUCUCGGACCCCUACGUGAAGGCGUCGCUGAUGGCCGAGGGCCGGCGGCUCAAGAAGCGGAAGACGUCGAUCAAGAGGAACACCCUGAACCCCAGCUUCAACGAGGCGCUCGUCUUCGACGUGGCCCACGACAGCGUGCACCACGUCAGCAUCACCCUCGCCGUGCUCGACUACGACUGCAUAGGGCACAAUGAGGUGAUCGGGCUGUGCCGCGUGGGCAGCGACGCCGAGGGCCCCGGCCGCGAGCACUGGGCCCGGAUGCUGCAGAACCCGCGGCAGCCGGUGGAGCAUUGGCACACGCUGGUGGAGGAGAAGGCGCUGGGACUGGCGAAGGGCUCCACGAGGGACAAGCAUGGGGACAGGGCAGAGGCCUCCUGAACUGGCUCCAGCCCAGCCUGGGGG